AUGGCUAUUGAGGAUGAAACUCUACCUCCUCCACCUCCCAACAAUAAUCCUCCACCUAAUAGGGAAUCAGGUCUAUCCCCAUCAAGCCCCUAUUACGUUCAUCCGGCUGACAAUCCUACCAUUGUCAUCUUCACCCCUCUUCUCAUCAGUGACAACUAUUGCAUAUGGGAAAGAGGAAUCAAAAAGGCCCUAAGUGAUAAAGCCAAACUCGGUUAUAUUGAUGGAUCCAUUGUGAAACCCACUGAUCCAAUUGAUCUUUCCCAUUGGACUCGAGUAGAUGAUUUAGUUGGUAGCUGGGUUUCCAACUCAAUUGACCCAGAAAUCCGUGGGAGUGUUCAAUCAUUCCCAUCUGCAAGAGAUCAAUGGUUAGAGAUCAAAAACCGAUUCUCUCAUACCAAUGCUCCUAAGAUUUUUGCACUCAAACAAUCAAUAUCUUCAUUGAAACAAGAAAAUCUGAAUGUAGCAAUGUAUUUCACUCGGCUCAAGUCUCUUUGGGAUGAACUGGAUUCAUUCAGGCCUCUCGUCCCUUGA